GUGGAAUUAGCAAGGCAGUUUGCUCGCUAUGGCCGUCUGAGAGUCGCUUUGAAUUGGAGUUCUAGCAGUAGGCUACAAGAAAAAAAUCAGGGCGCGCACUUGGCAGGUUGGGGACGGCCCACAGAUGAGUGAUGGGUGAGAUUGAGGGCUCCUACCGCGUCCUGCAGACCCCUGGAACCCGUCUGGGGGCCCAGCGCAAUGCCGGGAUCAGUACCCUGGAACCAGGCCAAAACCUCAGCACGGCAAUGGCCAGAGGGAAGAAGGGCCAAGGGAACGGGCUUCAUAUCCGGGUGCAGGGGCUGGACGAAGCCCAGGAAUUCUAUGACGUGGAGACCAAGGCUGACGGUCAAAUGCUCCUGUCCGAGGUGUUUAAAAGAUGCAACCUCAUCGAGAGCGACUACUUUGGCCUGGAGUUCAUGACCAUGAAGAUGAACUGGGCUUGGCUGGAACCAAUGAAGCUCAUUGUGAAACAAGUGAGAAGGCCCCCGAACACAACCUUCAGGUUGUCAGUCAAGUUCUUUCCCCCCGACCCUGGCCAACUGCAGGAGGAGAACACCAGGUACCUGUUUGCCCUGCAGGUGAAGAGAGAUCUUAUCGAGGGCAGGUUGAUCUGCUCGGACAGCACUGCGGCCCUCGUCGCCUCUCACCUGGUACAGUCGGAGAUAGGUGAUUAUGACGACAUGGCGGACAGGGAGUUCCUGAAGAUGAACAAGGUGCUGCCAAACCAGGAGGCACUCCAGGACAAGAUCAUGGAGCUCCACCGCAGGCAUCUGGGCCAGACUCCGGCCGAGUCAGACUUCCAGGUGCUGGAGAUCGCUCGUAAGCUGGAGAUGUACGGCGUACGGUUCCACCCGGCAGCUGACCGCGAGGGAACCAAGAUCAACCUGAGCGUGGCUCACAUGGGCCUGCAGGUGUUCCAGGGAAAUACCAAAAUAAACACGUUCAACUGGUCCAAGAUCCGCAAGCUGAGCUUCAAGAGGAAAAAGUUCCUCAUCAAGCUCCACCUGGACGCUCACGGUCCCCACCAGGACACACUGGAGUUCCGGAUGCCCAACCGAGACCAGUGCAAGAUGUUCUGGAAGAACUGUGUGGAGUACCACUCAUUCUUCCGCCUAUUUGACCAACCACAGCCCAAAUCCAAAGCCAUCCUCUUCAGUAGAGGCUCCUCAUUUAGAUACAGUGGGAGGACUCAAAAGCAGCUGGUGGACUUCGUGAGAGACAAUGGAUCCCGGAGGACACCCUACCAGAGGAGGAACAGCAGAAUCCACAUGUCCUCUCGCUCCCUGAUGACUGACGUGCCAAAGAAGAACCUGUCGUUCAGCGAGAGCCUCAGGGUCGGGGCCUCCCCUUCCUCGGUCAACUUCUCCUUCCACUCCUUGCACGCCUCCAGUGCCCCGCCCCGGAUGGAGCCCCCGAACCAGCCCACCCAUCAGCAGCUGCCAGCCCGCCCACCCAGCCCCCCAAAGGAGGACCCCAUCAAGGCCGCCCCCCCACCUCACUACGCCUUUCAAGGGUCACCCACGGACAGCCCCCAGCUGUCACCCUUUGACUCCAAGAGCCCCCUCUGCCUCUCGCCCUCCUUCCAGAUGUCCACGCUGAGCCUCCCCGGCCAGGCGCCCUCGCCCCUGCAGAGCCCCGUCCUGAGCGAGGUGGGCAGUGCCAGGCUGGAGGAGGAGGAGGAGGGUAGGAGGAAGAGGAACCCUACUGACAAGGCCUACUUCAUUGCCAAAGAGAUACUGACCACGGAGAGGACGUAUCUGAAAGACCUGGAGGUCAUUACGGUGUGGUUCCGCAGCGCUGUGAUUAAGGAGAACGCCAUGCCCGAGGGCCUGAUGAACCUGCUCUUCUCCAACAUCGACCCCAUCUACGAGUUCCAUCGAGGGUUCCUCAAGGAGGUCGAGCAGAGGCUGGCUCUCUGGGAGGGGCGCUCUAACGCACACGCGAAAGGGGACCACCAGAGAGUUGGCGACGUGAUGCUGAGGAACAUGUGUGCUCUGAAGGAGUUCACCAGCUACCUGCAGAAGCACGAUGAGGUGCUGACAGAACUGGAGAAGGCCACCAAGCGGCUGAAGAAGCUGGAGGCGGUCUACAAGGAGUUUGAGCUGCAGAAGGUCUGCUACCUGCCCCUCAACACCUUCCUGCUCAAGCCCAUCCAGCGCCUCAUGCACUACAAGCUCAUCCUGGAACGGCUGUGCAGACACUACCCCGCUACGCACAGCGACCACGAAGACUGCAAAGAGGCCUUGAACGAGGUGACUGAGAUGGCCACCCAGCUCCAGAGCAGCCUGAUCCGGCUGGAGAACUUCCAGAAACUGACGGAGCUGCAGAGGGACUUGAUUGGGGUCGAGAACCUCACUGACCCAGGGAGGGAGUUUAUCCGGGAGGGAUGCCUGUACAAGUUGACAAAGAAGGGACUGCAACAGAGGAUGUUUUUCCUGUUCUCAGACAUGCUGCUGUACACCAGCAAAGGGGUGACUGCUACCAACCAGUUCAAAGUUCAUGGCCAGCUGCCUCUUUACGGCAUGAUCCUCAUAGUGCUGGACGCACCGGUGGAGGAAAAUGAGAAUGAGUGGUCCGUGCCCCACUGCUUCACCAUCUACUCUGCGCAGAGGACCAUCGUGGUGGCCGCCAGCUCCAAAGCAGAGAUGGGGAAGUGGAUCCAGGACCUGAACAUGGCAAUUGACAUGUCCAAGAAGUCCCAUGAAAAAUCUGAUCUCCUCAUGGACCCCAGCCUGUCCAAUCGCUCUAACACAGGGUCGUCAGACGAGGUUUCUCUGGAGCAGGAGUCUGAGGAUGACACGCACUCCUCCCGCAGUUCCCUGGACAAGCAGACACACCACCGUGCCAACACCACCAUGCACGUGUGCUGGCACCGCAACACCAGUGUCUCCAUGUCCGACCACAGCCUGGCCGUGGAGAACCAACUAUCCGGGUACCUCUUGAGGAAGUUCAAGAACAGCAACGGCUGGCAGAAGUUGUGGGUGGUCUUCACCAACUUCUGUCUGUUCUUCUACAAGACACACCAGGACGACUUCCCCCUGGCCAGCCUUCCGCUGCUGGGCUACACGGUCAGCACCCCGGCUGAGACGGACAGUAUACUUAAGGAGUACGUCUUCAAGCUUCAGUUCAAAUCCCACGUCUACUUCUUCCGGGCAGAAAGCGAGUAUACCUUUGAGAGGUGGAUGGAGGUGAUCAAGAGUGCAGCCAACGCUACUGGCCGAAUGAGUAUCCUCAUCCCCAGCGACCCUCCAGAGAUUAACGGCAACUGAGGGCCUCUGUAGGCGGAGCUUCUGGAGAUGGGGGUGGGGCCUCACAGACUCCUGGGAGAAACUAUUUUUGGUUUUUAUUAUUAUUAUUAUUAUUAUUAUUAUUAUUAUUAUUAUUUCUGAGAAAACGGCUCUCUCGUUGGUAUUAGGUGUGGUUCAGUAACAGAUUAAAAGACUGGAAGAAGUCAACAUGUUUUUUUUUUAACGCCACCUGACUUGGAACUCCUAAUUUCAGCAGUGCACCUGUUUCAUUACCGCUGCAUCCACAGUUCUGUAGGCCGCUGCCCGUCUCUCGAGUCCUGAGUAAUGCCUGCUGCCACCGUUUCUUUCCACUGCACAGCUGUUGUACCUGAGGACUGCAACACGUUACACAGCUGGCGCAAGACAGACUGCGAGCACUGAAUUCACAAGAGGAGUCAUUUUUUUGUUGAAGGAUGGAAGUAAAAUUGGGUAACAUGCAAAAGUGAAUAACCCACACCCUGACAUACACUGGUGUGUGUGGUGUGUGUUACACAGACCAGAUCAAAUGUUGCCAAUUUGAAAAGACUGAAACCUCUGAAAGUUUACCUAUACCACCUGUGGCAAUUGACUGCAGUAAACAACUGAAAAUUGCUUUGGAAACUGAAAUGGGACCAGCUUUAUAAUAAUCAUUUAGGAAAAAAAGAAAGCCACACGUUAAGUCAAAGAAGAGGUACAUUUGCUCAGGGAAAGGAUGGGGUAUGGUGCCCUGAGCUGAAGUCUGUAAAAAGAACAAGGGGUGCACAGAUCUCGACUAGUGUGAGGGGAAAAGUCUAGCACUGAGGCACACUGUGCCGUGAGACACCGCAUGUGGAAACGGUAGAGGGCUGACAGGACGCCAUGUUGGUGAGGGCAUUGGGAAAUGCAGGGAAGCCGUACGUACGUCUGAUGGAAGGUGAAGAGAGAGUAGCUGAGCAGAGAGCGUUUCUGACGUUGCCGUCGCACCUCUGGGGAAAAAGCCAGAGUUGGAGGGAUUUUUGGCUUGGGAUGGGUGUGAGGGUGGGGCUGCAUGUGGGCCUUACUUGGUGAACACUGCCGUUCAGACAGAGGUGUGAAGAUAAAAUGAGAGCAGGGCCUAUUGAAGCAGUAAUUUCUCAGACUGGUUUGGUAGUUAAACAUUUAUGGUCUGAUUGGAAUGUUAUGUAGAGCAUGACUUUGAAAGAGACUGACUUUAAAAGAAGUGAUGUCGAACAUUUUUAAUGCUUGCUUUUAUAACUAAGGCAUUCUGAGAGUGUAAUUUGUAUGUUAUUUAUGACUAUUCUGACUGAAUACUGAGAUGUAUUAAAGAUAAAACCUCAAACCACUGCUGUUAAAAGGAAGCAAAUGCAGAUUGUGCAGAAAUAUCCAAAUGUACAAGUAAACAGAAAUAUUUGUUGACCUACUAUUUUUUUUAUUCUGAAUUGUGACAGUACAUGCUCAAUGCCAUUUCUGGGAGAAUUUGCUUAUUUAUUUAAGUCAUUCAGGAAAAAAGUGAAAUGAACUAAAACCAAAAAAGAUUGUUUAAAAUCUACCACUAACAGGGUCAUUCCCUCAGGCUAAUCAAAGUGACCUUGUGUACCCCCAUCCCUACUUAUCACAUUUGUGGGACUUCAUUAACAGUGUUGUUGCAUUUAAAAAAAACUUUACAAUUGUUUUUUUCAUUUUCACUUAAAUUUUUUAUUUUCAGCAUUGUAUUCAGUCAUACUUACAAUGGCCUAACUUAGUAGCCAGGUUUAUUGUUUUAUUUAUUUUCAGUCUAACAUACUGUUGGUCAACAAAUGGUGAACAUCCAUUUAUUGCCCAAUGGAACAUUGUUGGUGCACCAGAGGGGAGUUUGAAAGGAGAGUACGAUGCAUUUCAGUCAAAAGCAAUUGGGGCAGGCUUAAAAUCCGUUUCUGGGGACUGGAUACCCAAGAACUAUGCUUUUCAACUGAUGUGGCCAUUAUUCUCAUUACUUAUUGUAUAACCGAAAAUUUGACAGUGAUCCUCAAAAGUGAGUGUUUCAAUAGCUGUCUUUGGGGGGUCAGAUUCCAGAGGAAGAGUACUUGGAGCUGCAGUUGGCUUUAGAUGCUUUCACGUGAUUGGUUGAGAGCUGUAAGAGCUUUCUGUAAUUGCAUGCAGUAUUCUUUAUGAAGGGCCUAGCAGUUACCUUAAGAUGUAUAUCUAUUUCAUCCGUUAUAUUGUUUUCAAGACAGAUUAUUUGCGGUCAGUAAGUUUGAAGCUGUUGUGGCACAUCUACUCAUGAAUAAUGAUUUAGUUUGUUUUUUGUACAUUAUUAUAUGUUGCAUUUUUUUUUUUAAACUGCUUUUGCAGUGUGUGUUUAAAUAAUGGCUAGUGCUUCACAGCACCAGUAGUAUGCCAGGUCUACUCAUGGGGCAUACUGUGUUUGGUGACUGGGUUCUGUGAUUUGUUGAAAUCCACUAUGCUUUUCUGUACCCAUUCUGAACACACAACAAGGCAAUUAGCCGUGCUUAAUUGAAAAAAUAAAGCCAGUCCAAAUGA